CAGUUACUUUUUUUACAUUUUAUAGAAUCACUACAUGCUUGGAUAAUUAAUUUCGUGUAUAUAGGAUUUGCUUCGACGAAAAUAGGCGAUGCGUCGUAAAAAGCAAGAUGUGUGCGGAAAGCCCACACAAUACAAUCUCCAAACGAUGGAAUACAAUUGGAGGGAGCUCCCUAAUACUAAAAUACAACUCAUGAAACAGGAACCGCUUCCCAAACACAAUUCUGCCCCUAUCCAAACGAAUGGUAGUUAUACUCGGUAUAAUAAAACAAAACGUGAUGAUAGUAGAAGCCCAGAACCCAAGACUCCAUCCCAUAGAACACCUUUAAUCCCAAAGGGUCGUUUCCUAGUUGAUAUAAAUAAUCACAAAAGGUUCUCUCACGUGUCUAAUAGCUUAGACAAGAGCGAAAAAUAUUCGGAUAAUCGAAAGCCCUUAAGUGAAAAUAACAUUUAUCAGAUCGCGCAGACUAUGGAGUCUGUUCCGAAGCUGCCGAGCUUGUUUCCCUCACGGAAGUCGCCGGAGUUCCAAGAGGGAAUGAUUACAUGUACACAACCAUGGUCUCACGAUGCCAUCUUCCAUAUGCUCGCAGCCAACCGAACUGAGGCGAAGAGGUCGUAUCUCCCUCGACACGUCUAACGCAUGUGUAUUCUAUUAGUUUUUUUUAUUAUUUUUCGCCCCAAGAUAGUAAACUUGAGGACAUUGGCUCAUUUUUCAACCGUACACACUUGCUUUAGAAUCGUUAUCUCUAUGUUCUUUAAGUUCGUCUGUUAUACAAUAUUUGUAUACGGUUGAAAUGUGUUUACUAAAAUUAGCGCCACCUCAAAACUUUUUUAUACUUCAAUAAAAGGGAAUCAUGUGGAUAAAUCCUCCUUCCCUCCCCCCUCCCCCCUUCCUUCUAUUUCUGUUGUUGGGUAGAUGAGUAUUUUCUGACAAAAUAAUGAUAACUUAAAGUCAGUCACGACUCUUUUUCGUUGGUUAUUUAUGUGUGUCUGGGACAAAAAUGUAAU